UACAUCCUGGGCUCUGGGCAUUUUUAAAGGGAGAAAUUGAAAAGUCAGUUCCUCAUACUGUGCUGCUGGAAUGUUGAUUUUGUUAUUUUUAUUUAUUUCUAUGAAGCAGUACUGGUAAACAUUAUCAGACAGUGGCUGACUGCUUGUAUCUUGUCUUUUAGGACAAUAUAAAUGUAAAUUACCCAGUGUACCACAGAAGGUAAAGGGAAGACUGGUUCUUAAUACCCAAAGUCAGAAGACUUUUUAUUUUUCAACUUCUUAAUAAACACUGAAUGUUAAUUAAGCCCUUCACAAAACAGCAAGCUUUUAAAACCUGAUUGUUGUGGCUGCUUAUUCUUAAAGCUUUGGCUAGCUGUUAUAGUGAUAUUAGAUAUUUAAAGUAUGAAUAGUUUUGAGGUAUUUUUUGUAAAUUCUUAUCAGAAAUGCCACUUCAACUUCUUCUUAAUGGGAAGGAGCAGUAGUUUCAUAUUUCUUAGAAAGUCAGGUGCAAAGAUAAUGUGCAGUAGAGGAGGAAGAUUCCUUUUAAUUUUGAGCUUCAGUUUACACAAGAUAAAAUUUGAGAAGUAUUUUUAUGUAAAUGAAGUAAUUGGAACCAGGUUUAGAACAUAGGAAAGGUACCUCAUCUGUAGGACCUUCUCAUUAGCAUCAGUCAAUAUGGAAAUUUGCUGCUGCUUUUCCGGACAAAAGAGGCUGAGGAGAAAGUAAACAAUGUGGAAACAGCAACUUGAAAAGCACAUAAAUGCCAUUUGUCUUGAACAGUAUACUUACUGCUGGCUCCUGCAAUUUUUUUUUCCAUUAGGGAAGAGAAUACAUUGUCUCUGGGCAUACUGCAGGCAGAGGUGAAAAGAUGCAAAAUUACUCAAUUGUUUGACGUUCUUAUAUAGAACUCUCUUUAGUGAAAUAUUCCCUACAACUCUUAAAUAAGAUGAGCCUCCUCUGUAGUACCUCAGAUGGAGUGAAAUUGCCUGAGGACUCUGCUGUUAUUAAACCUGUGAAUGUUUUAUUGUCCAGGCAAUAGUUAAGUUUGUUUCAAUGAAUGCUAAUUUUUUAUAUGAAGAGGUAUGAUCAUAAGCGAUUAAAUGAUGUUUUUGUCUUAUAAAAUAUUAUAUUAAAUGAUAUUUUAAAAUGAUAAAUUAUGAUUAAUCAACUUAUUAUUAAUUGCAUAAACUUUAAUGAUAUUUUGUCUUACAAAAUAUUUCCUUUUAGCUUUUUGGGUAGCAUACAGGACACUAGCACUGUGGUGUUUGUAUUGGAAAGUACUAACAUCUAAUGUCAUCUUCUGAGUGCAAAUUAGAGGCUUUGCAUUGUUGCUGUUCUCAAGUUCUGAAUUUCAUAUUCCACAUAUGGCAGUGACCUCAGGGGUUUGAUUGGAUUUCAAGCACUGAUCACAAUGGAUAGGCCAUGACAAUAAGUCUCAUUCCAUUGUCAGGAGCAAAAUGGGUUUCUUUUUGUGAACUAUUGGAAUUGAACUGGAAAAGCAGCUCUAACACCAGCAAAUGUUCCCAAUUGCAGCUAUGCCUGCCAUGGAUGUAUUUAAUGGAUAUUUACAACUCACCUAAAUUUCCUAAGUACUGUAUGUUUUUGACCAUGAAUUGAGUAUAAAUUCUAUAAAGUUACUUCACAGAACUGCCUAGUGAACUGUGCAUGUUGAUGUGCUUUCACUUUUAAUGUAUGAAUUACCUGUCUUGUUCAUGUCAAUACAGCCUCAGCAUCCUCGUGGGGGAACACCACCGUUCCCAGAUUCACAGAUAUUUUUCCCAACCGUUCAUGAACGGCCGGUGUCUUUCUCACCACCACCUGUCUGCCCGCCGAAGGUGGCAAUUGCUCAGCGGCGCAAGAGCACUUCAUUUUUGGAAGCCCAAACUUGCCACUUCCAGCCCUUGCUGAAGACUGGCCAGAGCUUAGUUCCACCUGGUGGUAGUCCCACCAAUUGGACUCCAGAGGCAUUUGUUAUGCUGGGCACAGCAGCUCAGAGAGUCGCUGGAGAGCCUCUGCAUGUGCAAGUUAAUCCCGUGUUUGAGCAAGCUCCUGUCCACAGUGACUAUAGAUCUGGACCAACACCUCCAGAGGAUGCUCACUACAGGAUGCAUCCAGAAGCUGUAUAUUUGGUGGGCAUGCACUAUCCAUCACAGGUAUCGGAGCAGUAUGAUCAAGUAGCUUAUAACUCUCACGUGACUGAACAGCAUUUGAAGCAGGUCUCUGAGUCAAACCAUGGGCAAGGUGGUCCUCCACAAAGCUCUGUGUUCGACUUUCAAUCGGGGCAAACAUAUCUGGCACGACACGUUCAGAGCCUGAGGCUGGAUUCUGGGCUGGGUCCCCUUUCUCCAUUAUCCAGUGUUUCAGCUCCCCUGAGCACAGAGGCAGCUCAGAUGACGUUCCACCAGGUGUUUGUUCCGCACUCGGCCCCGGCUGUGCUCUCCCACAGUGCCGAUGGCAGGGCGAGCUGUGUCUUUGAGUUCCAUGUGCACACGCAGAGCUCUGCUCCGGCAGAGGGGGCGGCUUUGCCCCCGCGGGCCUACAGGAGUCGCCGGGGCUCUAUGGAGACCAGCCAUGAGGAGUCCAGCCAAGGCAUAGGGUCGCAUGGUCGGCUUCAGCCUGUGACAGAAGAGCAGUGUCACUAUCUUGGUGCUGGGGUAGCGGGUCCCAGAGGGGGCUCUGCCAGGCGCAGCUGGCCAGAAGGAAGCCCAGAAUACUCCAGUGAUUCCUCACAGCUGACUUCCUCUGACACUGGUGAUUUCCAGUCUCCUCCCCCUACAGGGGGAUCAUCUUCUGCUUUUGGUUCAGACUUCUCAUUGCCCAUUGUUCAGCUGCCUCAGAAGGUGUUGCAGGAGUCGCAGCUCUUCAUCUGCUUCCCCCAGGGAGCCUCAACUCAGCAGGCCUUGUCCACCUCGCUUUCAUCAGGACCACCUACAUCCUAUCCUCAGGUUACAGGAGCAAACCCUUGCACAAUUUCACUGCUUUUUAUAAGUCAUACUAAAAGGGAAACCUUGCUUUUAGACCUGCUCCACGUGGUUGUAAGAAUUAGCAUUCAUGGGGGUGUCUUUCCACCAAGUCUAUACUAGGAUCUCUUUAACUUAACCGGGUUGCUAUGAAGUAAUGAAGCAUUAGCAACCAUCUGGUCUGUAUUCAGAUUUGGCUGAAAUAUUGGUAGGGCUUUUGUGUUAAAAGUAAAAAAUGGUCAGUGUUCCUCCUGGGACUAGCUGUUCUUUUGGUGGGAGAUUGCUGGAAUACCAAACUGGCUUUUAAACAGUGGUUUUAAUGAAAUGUAUCUUUACACUUAGAAUCAGCAGUGGUAGUACGACUUGCUUUGUGUUUCUCUUGGUGCUCUUUUGCCAUUUUAAUGUGUUGCUUGAGGUUGAACUUUGAUACAAAAAUGUUUUGUUAGACAACAAGGUUAUUUUGGUGACUGUCCAAAAUGCAAGAGCUUUUCGUAGACUUGGGGAAAGAAAGUGGGAAGAGAGGAAUGGAAGGAGCUGUGCUAUGUAUGUGUACCUGGAUUUGGAAAUGUAUUUGUUGAAGAAGUAUUUGAAAAAGCUAAACAGGCUGAGUAGUUAAUUAAUGGCACAAACAACUGUUGCUAGUUGGUAUUGCCACCCUAUAAGCCUUAUGUGGUGUCCUUUUAAAUAGCAAAAUUUGAGGCCUGAAGCUUAGUUUGGAGAUGUGUGUUUUAUCAGCAUAUGUGGUAUCUGCAUUUGCAAUGGUCACUUUUCUGUACACUGUGAGGUGUGUGUCUAUAUACAUUGUGUCUGCACUCCUAGUCUGAAGUCUCAUAACUUUCUGUGAAAAGAGAGGAUUUACUUUACGUAGACUUUUCUCUUACCUCUUUUUGUCCGUGGAAUUAGGGGCUUUGACGUUUUAGUUACUGGAGUAUUAGCAACUUUGGGAUUUGUGUGAAGGGGAAUCAUUUUGCUCUGUGUGUUAAGUUCAAGAGCUAAGUAGUUAAGGCUUUCUCUAAGGGAUAUUAAAGGUGUUUUAGUAAAGCUGGAACAGCUUUCAUCACUAGUCUAAUAGGUGGUAAUUGCUGUGCUGUAGAAUUUGUAGAGUGAAUCUCCUACUCAAGAACUUUGCAAACUUUUUUCUCCGUAAACCUUUGUUAAACUCAGGAGGUAAAUUCGGAUGGAUAUAAAAUACAUUUGGAAAACAAAAGAGGUCACUUCUUUUGCAGAAUAUAAGUUCUGGGAUCUUUUACCUAAUUCAUCAGAAGAUUAGAAUUUGAAACCCAAAUGGAGUCAGCGUGAACACAUGUUAUAGCAGUUAGGUGUAGCAUAUGUGUAGAUCCCAGCCUGCAGCUUCUAAAACAGCAAAGAAAAAAAUGGUUCUCUUCAUUGGUAGUCUGCUUUCCCCAAAGUUUCCAUAAUUAGAAAAGUAUGGAAUUUUAACAGACAUGUUCCUAAUGAGCUUCUGCAAGCUGAAUGAUGACAGCAUUAAGGAAUUUUCAUAGAUAUUUCUGAUAUGAUACAUAUGCACCAGAUGUGCUUCUUACAAGGCAGUUCACCCAAGUGGUGCAUGCUCAGGCAACUCAUCUGGAGGUCUUUGUCUAGUUCUCUCCCAGGAGCUGAUAAAGAAAUACACUUGUCACAAAAACAAUAAUGCAGAUCCUGGGAUCUGAUAAAAAAAAUUCAACCACAAAACCAGUAAUGAAAGUCCAUUCCAUCUUCCUUUGCAUCUUGCACAUUCAUUUGUAUGCCACUCAUCCAUUUUUUUCGUUGCUUGCUUGAAAAUUCUGUCUUAGCUAGAAUGUUAACCCUCGUAUUCCUCCAGAUCCAAUUCUUGGUAGCCUUUGAAUGGUAGUGACUCUGGAAAUGAUUAUUAGCCUGUGUUUUGACAUGCCUCUCAAAGGAAAUUCAUGACAUUUAUGUAUACUGGGUACUUUGUAAUUGGUCUAGAAUUCUUUAUAUCUUCUUGCUUGGUUUUUUUAUGGAUAGUUUUAUUUCCAUGUAGCCUCCUUUUAUUGCCCCACCUGUCUGUGUUUGGAACACAUGUAAAGGUAAAACUUAAUGCAUCUAUCUCCAGUUACUAUACCAAGGCAUCCUGCUCUUAAAGCAUCACCAGUGGAAGAAGAAGCUGGUAGGCUGAUCUGUCUCAUGUUGAGGGGCAUGUGGGUUGCAGAGUCCUUCUGUAUUAGUUAUUUUGGAAGACUUAAAAUGACUUUCAGAACUCCUCCAGAUUGCUCUGCUUUGUUCUGGUUGUUGUAAUGGAAUUUGGCCAGAAGGUCUGCUUGUCCAAAAGGACAAGCUAGAAACCUAUUCCAACCAGAUAAUUCCAGGCAGAAAUGAUAUUAACUGCCUGCAGCAGAAGCCAUAGAGUUUUU